CAUGAUGUAAUUGGCAUUUCGGCUAUCAAAUGCCUUGCGUUUGAACUUUGUUUGCUUGUUCUGCAUUAACUUUGACGGUGACUUGCACAAGUUGCAGCAAGAAUAGCACUUGACAGGAGCCAUGUCCACCUUCUCGCAUCGGACAAGAACUUGGCCAGCGAGCGAUUCAGAUGCAAUCGAGCUGAGUGACACCGGAAAGCAACAGGAACAGCCGCAGCUAGUACAUGAUGCGCAGUUGGAAGCUGAACAUCAAGCAAAGUUAUUCGAUGCCCAGAUACACAAGAUGAAGAAAGAACGUCGGUUCUUCGUUAAAGCUCGUUUCCUGUUCCCUCUCGGAAUCCUGCUUGGAAUAUUAUUGGGCUUCGUCCUCAUCCAGCCUUCGGACUUGCAGGAUAUUCACAGCAACCUUCUUCUCAUCAUGGAAGAGUACGACAUUUCGCUCAAAAUACCAGAUAUUGAUUUGUCACGCGUCGAAUCAGAAUGGAGACGUUUUCGGAGCAAUAUCCCAGAGGUUUGGAAGCUGAACAAUGACGGACGCGAGUUUCAGGUCGGGGAGGCGAUGAAGGCGCGAGGCUUGACGGCGCACUAUCCUAUCGUGCUUGUGCCUGGCAUCGUAUCCACAGGUUUGGAAUCUUGGUCUACUUCGCCCGACUAUCGAACUUUCUUCCGCGCAAAAAUGUGGGGUGGCUUCAAUAUGGUCUCACAAGUGACUUUCAAUCGUGACAAGUGGAUAUCAGCGAUGAUGCUCGAUCCGGUCACCGGUCUCGACCCUCCAGGUGCCAAAAUACGAGCUGCAGAAGGAAUAGGUGCUGCAAGCAGCUUUAUGACCGGGUACUGGCUUUGGUCCAAGAUCGUUGAGAAUCUUGCUGUUGUCGACUAUGACACGAACAAUCUUCACUUAGCCCCAUAUGACUGGAGGCUCUCCAUGUGGAACCUGGAAGAACGAGAUGGAUACUUUUCAAGGUUGAAGUCCACAAUAGAAGGGUUCAAGAAACGACAAGGCAAGAAGACCGUGAUUGCAGCACACUCAAUGGGCAGUACAGUAAUGCUAUACUUCUUCAAAUGGGUUGAGUCUCCCGAACACGGAGGCGGCGGACCAGAUUGGGUAGAGAAUCACAUCGAGUCCUACAUUACCAUCGCAGGGACACAUCUAGGCGUGGCAAAAGCUAUGGCUGCUUUCUUGUCCGGUGAAAUGAAGGAUACGGUGCAGAUGAAUCCUGCGGGCGCAUACGUGCUCGAGCGCUUUUUCUCGCGAAAGGAGCGGCAAAGGUUAUUCUGUAGUUGGGCUGGCAGUGCCAGCAUGUGGAUCAAGGGAGGAACGGAUAUUUGGGGCGAUGCCAGCUGGGCGCCAGAUGACGAACCUGAAUCAUCACAUACUCAUGGUGAACUGAUUGCGUUCAGACAAGUAGCCAUGCCACUCUCUGCGCAUGGUAUCACUCCAAGUGUCGAGCCAGCACAGAACAUGACGGCUGAUGAGGCAAGCACAUGGAUCUUGGAGCGUACUCCUUCAACAUUCCAGAAAAUGCUAUGGGCUAACUACUCGUUCGGCAUUGAGCGGAAUGUAAAAGUGCUCAAGAAGAAUGCCCUAGAUCCGAGGAAAUGGACAAACCCUUUGGAAGUGCAGCUGCCGAAUGCGCCUUCCAUGAAGAUAAUUUGUGUUUACGGUCAUGGAAAGGAAACUGAAAGAUCAUACUGGUAUGCUCGUGGACCACACGAAUACGACGAAUCGUUCGUAGAUGUUGAGCAUUCGACUUGCACCGACCCCACCGACAAAUGCAGCCACACACCACGCCCACCAUUAGAUAUGCCAUUUUCCAGGAUGAACCGGAUAGACGCUGACUACACGCACGAGACAACGACGCCCAAGGUGCGUAAUGGCGUGAAGAUGGGUGAAGGGGAUGGCACAGUCAGCCUACUGAGCCUGGGAGCGAUGUGUGUAGAAGGCUGGAAGAGACCAAGAUGGAAUCCGGGAGGAAUUAAAGUUACGACUGUUGAGCUUCCUCAUCAGCCCGCCCCAAACAUUCCCCGGGGUGGAGCAAAUACUUCAGAUCAUGUUGACAUCCUUGGGUCGACAGGUCUGAAUGAGCUCAUCCUGAAAGUCGCCACUGGUGCCGGUCAUGAGGUCGAGGAUCGCUUUGUGUCUCGCAUUCAGGAGUUUGCUCGGCGAGUGCGGUGGGAUUGACCACUGAUUGUUUUGUAGUUUAUUUUUGCACAUAAUAUCACGUUUUAGAAGUGUUUCAACACAUGAUGAAACAUAGAUUUUUCAUGGUGA